AUGAACGCUAUUCAUUCCUUAGUUUGUGUGCAUGUACCAUCCGUUUUGCAGUCAGUGCCAAUCCCUAAGACGUUUCGAGGCUUGGCGUCUUUGUCAUUCAAAGAAUUAAUUCAACUUUCUGUCUUUACCACUUUUUCAGCGGCUGUUGCGUAUUCUGUCUACUACACGGCCAGAUCUUUGUGCUCGGCAAGUUCUGGCCACAUAAAUCGCUGUUACAAAAAAGAACAGGCGAAAUGCGUCGACAUCAUUGAUAUUGAGACGAUUGAUCAAAAAAAGUGUUAUUGUCGUUGCUGGUUAUCGUCAAAGUUUCCCUACUGCGACGGAGCUCACAACAAACAUAAUAAAGAAACGGGUGAUAAUGUUGGCCCACUAAUUAUCCACCCGAAGAAAACCCUAUAA